UGCGAGGGCGCUAUCACUAUAAGCCAAGCAUCAUGCAGAGCAUGGAGAAAUCAUAUUCAUAACAAUCCUUUUGCUAUGAUGAUUUUGUUUAUAAAACCGGUUUAGGCAGAAAUUAUUUAAAGAUAGUGGAAAUAUGAAACUGAAAGAACUUGAAAGCUUUCUGCAAGAUGUGGAUGUAUUUGAUGAGCCAAAAGUCUGGUUGGAACAGUACCCAACAACACCACAUAUAGCAGCACGAAUGCUGCACACGAUAGACACACGGUACGGUGACAUUAAGGGUAAGCUGGUAGCAGACCUUGGGUGUGGGUGUGGUGUGCUGACCAUUGGAGCUGCUAUGCUUCAAGCAGGUUUGUGUAUAGGGUUUGAUAUUGAUGAUGAUGCAUUGGAAACCUGUCGUAUGAACUGUAGUGAGUUUGAAUUGACCUGUGUUGGACAAGUGCUAUGUGACCUUGCUCAACUUGCUCCAGGAAGGUGGCUUAAAGCAUUUGAUACCAUCAUCAUGAACCCUCCAUUUGGGACUAAACGAAACAAAGGUAUUGAUAUGAUAUUUCUUAAGUUGGCCUUGGAUAUGGCAAGAACAUCAGUUUAUUCGCUUCACAAAACAAGCACACGGGAGCAUAUCCUCAAGAAAGCUAAAGAAUGGCAUGUUAACAUAGAAGUACUGGCAGAAUUACGAUUUGAUCUUCCUGCAACUUACAAAUUUCAUAAACAGAAAUCGGUUGACAUUGAGGUAGAUUUUAUUAGACUGUCUUUCCCAGAAGAAAGUAAGCCAUGUGAACCGAGGUGACAGUUGCAUAAUUAAACUGCAGUAUUGAUGAUUGAAGAGUCACUGCUGCAAACCAAGAGCACUAGAAAGUCAGCAUCUGAGGUCACUGUUCUUCUUCUAAAUUUAAGGGAAAAUUCAUAGCUAAAGGCUUCGGCCCGAGCUUGUGCGCCGCAGAUGGAGUCUCACUGGAAGCGAGGAGACAAUCAAUAAAUAAAUAAAAUAUAAAUAAAGUAGAAAGUGCCUUUAGUCAGACCAAAAAUAUUAAUUUGCCAAUCCAAAUAACAUUAUAUUGAUUGCCAAUCCCUAAUAUUGUGGCUUUACUGAGCCAUAAAAACCCUUCUCAAGUUCUCAUGAAUCUUACCAGGGAUAUUAUUGUAGGUCCCUGAUUGAGGAAAGUUGGCCCCUUGGUUUGAACCACCUGUUAGACUUUCGGAGCCCAGUCGACAAAUAUCUUGAGCCACCACUCAGUGAAAUUGCACUUAAUUUUGGCUGAGAGACUUAGCAUGAUAUAGCUGGAGAGAGCCAUUUGAGGUGAGGACAAUUAUGGCACAUAUCCUUAUGAAACUAAUAUUCUGCAAGUAAUAUAAAAGUCUUGUCUACAUUGAUAAAAGUUUGUAUACUGUACAUCCGUCAUUUAUGUUUACUUUUUGUUAUGUUAACAUAUAAUAUUGUGUGAAAUGUAAGUCAAGAUAAACUACAGUAUACUUGUCAUGUUAAAGUCUUUGUAAUGUUUAGUUCAAUUUUGUAAACAAAAAGGCACAAAUAAAUUACAGUAACCAGGGCA